AAAAAUGAUUCCGGCCAUCAAAAUAACCGGGCUUAUUUUCGCAAGAAUAACAUGACAGAAUGCGACUAAGUUUGAUUCGCGAUUUCAUUGUUAUAAUAGGGCGAUGGCGAGACCCUCUUUCGUUUGUUUAGCACGGACCGCGUGCAGCGCAGUUGCAUUGGUCUGGGAUCACCCAUGUCAUCGCGCUCCACGGCUUUCUGGGUAACAAGAUAUGAGACUAGCGCGUCUCGAUGUCUUGGUCAAAUACGGAGACAAAAUAUACGGAGUAUCCCGAAAUUCCACGGUAGGGCAAUGGAAAUGGGAAAAGGAUGAUUGGGCGUCUGCUUAAAUUCUCCUUCUUUGGAAGUAUCCAUUUCCCCUUAGAAAGGUCCCCUCAAGAAAAGCUUCUUGAUGGUCGCAAGCAGGCUAAAAUAGCGGGUGCCCAGUGGUGACGGGCUUCUCUGGGAGCACAGUUCGCUUCGCUUGUGAGUCUCGCCAACAAUGCGCUGCUUUCGCGGCACUAUGCAAUCGCAUUAUGAUGUCGCAGGGGUGCCUGCACGCUGCCCGCAAGAUUGAGCAUGGGUGGGACAAUAUCCGAUAUGGAUUCAUAUAAAACAAGUACCGGUUAUUCUGUGCCCUGCAUCAAGUCUGGACACAAGCUUUUACGCAAGGGUUUGAUGCUUAUGCACUUGGGAGAUCUCCUAGCAAACCAGGGAGUCACCUACUUGUCAAGUAGGCUCUGCACCCAUUGUUGUCAGUUGAGCCACACCUAUUCAGAAUGAUGAUCGCCGUAAUUCUGGCGACGCUAUGGGCGGCUUCAGCUCUUCCCAAAACAUGGGCCCUCCCAACGUGGCCUUCGCCUGCCGACGAACUCGAAGAUCUUAUGUUCCUCCACACCGGCUACCGUGCUCGAGGAUUUGCUGCCGGCGUAACGCCAUGCUCUUUCUCCAAACAGGGCCCUUCUCGAAUUGCGUCCGCCGAAUGGCUUCGUACUGCGUUCCAUGAUAUGUCCACCGGGAAUGUUUUCACUGGCGUCGGUGGCCUGGACGCCUCGAUUAUGUACGAGAUAGGUGGAAAUGGAGGAGAGAAUCCCGGCCCAACAUUCAACAAUACCCUUGAAACCUUCACUCCCUUCUUCUCACCAAGAGCCUCUAUGGCCGACCUGAUAGCCUUGGGAGUGCACACCGCCGUUCGAUCCUGCGGGGGUCCGAUAGUCAAGGUCAGAGCGGGAAGAAUCGAUGCGACUUCUCGAGGUCCUGUUGGAGUGCCACAGCCUGAGAACUCCCAGAGGACGUUUAUCAACCAGUUUGCGCGAACUGGAUUCAACAUCUCCGAAAUGAUCGCCUUGACGGCUUGCGGGCAUACGUUAGGAGGAGUUCAUGCACAGGAUUUCCCACAAAUUGUGAAACCGGGGACGGUGCAAAAUGAUUUCCAGUUGUUUGACUCGACCCCAGAAUUCGACGAAAAGGUAGCGUCUGAUUUUGUAAAAGGUGUUCACACCAACCCACUGGCAGGAGCCCUUGCACGUACGAAUACACGAGACUCUGACACGAAGGUGUUCACUGCGGACAACAACAAGACGAUAACAGCGUUGGCUGAUGCAGCCGCGUUCCGAGAUACAUGCGCGAAAAUGCUCCAAAGAAUGAUUGAGGUUGUUCCAUCCGGAGUGAGCCUGACGGAUCCCAUUUCGCCAUACGAAGUUAAACCUUCGCACCUUCAGCUCGCGCUGGCCGGAAAUGGUAGUACACUGUAUUUCUCCGGUGAGAUUCGGGUCAGGACGACACAUCAACCAGCCAGUGCAAUUGCGAAAGUGCAACUCUUGUUCAAAGAUCGCCGAGGUGGUACAGAUUGCGAUUCCUGUACAAUUGGCACCGAACACAAGGGAAAUGCAGCGGGUUUUGACGACAAGUUUGCUUUCUACGGAUUCUCGGCCAGUUUACCGGUUGAUACGUCCAUCUCUAGUUUCAAGGUACAAAUCACUUUGGCCUCAGGUAAGGUAGAGGUGUACGACAACAAUGGAUUCGAAUAUCGUGUACAGGACACGAUCAUGCUCCAGCCUAAACAGAGCUGCUUUAGCAAAGCCGAUUCUGCUGGUAAUCUGACAAUCACCGCUGCUAUCCGAGACACAGUAGCAUCGCCAAAUGUGACUCUUGCUCUAUUUAUGAAAAUACCUCGAGACUGCUGUGUUGUCCCCGCGCUGAAGACAAAGAUGAUCGCUAUGACAAAGCAAAGGAGCAUCGGCCCAUAUACCUUGUUCUCAAGCAGCUAUGCGCUAGAACCCUUCUUGAAAUCUAGUACAAUAUUUGACGUUUCCGUGACAAGCGGAGGCAAAGUCAUAUUGGACAGUUUCAAGCGCACCGCCGAGUUAGGGUCGACGUGUGCGUCCUUCGGCUCAGAUGGCCCUACCAAACCUGAGUUCAAUUACGAGGGCUGCUUUACUGACAGCGUCGCCUCGAGGACUCUUACCGGGAAAGCGUCCGCCGACGACGAAAUGACGAUUGAGAAAUGCGGCAGCCAAUGUAAGGACUACCAGUUCUUCGGUCUCGAAUACGGGAGGGAGUGCUUUUGCGGCAAUACAAAAGGCUCAAGGAGCGUUAAGGUCGAAGAAUCUGAAUGUUCCAUGGCCUGCGGAGGCGAUAACUCCAAGGUUUGCGGCGCGCAAGAUCGCCUGAACCUCUAUAAGAACACAGCUUGGAUCCCCACGAUAAACCUCGAUAUUGCGGGAUACAAAUACCUUGGAUGCUAUGAGGAUUCGAGGGGCAGCCGUGCGCUAUCAGAGAGCUUUGUGUAUAGCGACAAGAUGACGGUGGAAAUGUGUGCUUCCUUCUGCGGUGGGGCAAAUUAUUUCGGCGUCGAGUACUACAGCGAGUGUUAUUGUGGUGCUACUCUAUCGCCGAAAAGUUCCAAACAGCCAGAAACAGAUUGCAGCUUCCUCUGCUCUGGGAACAGUACUCAGUACUGCGGUGGGAGCGACAGGAUCAAUGUGUAUAUGAAGGAGCCUGUGCCCUCAGGCUGUAAGGUCGACGCAACAUCCCCAACUAGACGUGUGUAA